CAGAUCAUAUCUGUCCUUCCCAAAAAAGAAGAAGUGUUCGGCGGCAUCGCUCGGUGACGUUAACAUAUUUAAAUUGACCAGCCUCUCAACCUGCUCACCUGGAUGAAUGGUAAACAGGUACUGUAGGUCUGGGGCACAUAUAUGAAGCCGUCCACAAGCUGCAGAGCUGCACUCACACUAUGGCCUCGACCGAAGGACAUACUCCGACGUAUAAGAUGAUGUCCUUGGACGGCGACAUCAACCAACACUUCCAGGAUGCAAUCGACGUGAUUCAACAGCAUUCGAAUAACUCAUACUACGAUUCAGAGUAUCCACAUUAUGAGACUCUGGGCGCUCAGCAUCCGUCUCUGCAGUGUCACAUCUCCUGUCGCGUGGUCACACACCCGCCUGACGCUCCGGCUCCGGUCUACGACUGGAGCGACACAGCUCAGCAGUCCUGGCCUCAGGUCAUCCCUGACGUCUCACUGGGUCACUCCAUACCUACUGAAUCCCCUCAGUUCUACUCCAUCGUGCCACCACAGAGGAAAGGUCGCAAGAAGCUCAGACUUUAUGAAUACCUCCAUGAAGCCCUGAACGACCCCAACAUGGGCGACUCCAUCCAGUGGACGGACAGCGGCAGCGGCACUUUCCACUUCAUCUCCAAGAACAAGGAGAAGCUGGCCGAGUGCUGGGGCCAGCGAAAGGGCAACCGGAAGACCAUGACCUACCAGAAGAUGGCCCGAGCCCUGAGAAACUACAGCCGCACGGGCGAGAUCAUCAAGGUGCGCCGCAAGCUCACCUACCAGUUCAACCCGGACAUCCUGCACAAGCUGGGCUCCACUCAGGGGCCCCUGCGGCUGCCCUGUCACCCGGCACAGGAGGAGGCCCACGGCCAGCAGCAGCCGAGCCCGGGCGAGCAGAGCUACUACAGCCCCUCGGCGGUGGACUGGCACAGCUGGUACAGCCACUACCAGCUGCAGGAGGACUACGACCUGGCCGCCAGCUUCACCUCACACAGCACGACCAAACUCUGAGGAGGAGGAGGAGGAGGAGGAGGAUGCUUUAUUUGAAAAACAAAACAAUAAAAAAAAAGCUAGAAUAGCACUCAGAGAAGUAAAUACCUGCGUAAAAAGGCCCAAUCUUCAAAUUACACGGACUCAUAGAUACCGGUUCCCUAAAUGUGCCGUUUUUCAUCUAUGAUACAUAAAUUGUUCCCUGGGAAAUUGUUGAAACUGUCAAAAAAAGGCCAAAUAUAUGAGGGUCAAAAAUACUCCUGGAUUCACCCCCUGAUCCAAAGUUCAGUGGGACCCAAACCGUAAGAUACUUUAAAAACCAUUUCAUGAGACUACAUUAAAUAAGCUAAAUACAUUUAUAUCUGCAUGUAGCUGAUGCUACCACUGUAACUAUAUUUAAGGUUUAUUUGUAUAUAAUAUUGUGUCCUGCUGAACGAUAUGAUAUCUAGAAAAAGGGAAAUAUUAUUGAAAACCCGUCUACAGCUUCAGCUUUCAACAUUGAGACAAUUUCAAACGCCUUUUUAUUUUACUGUUGCAACCACUUACAAUAUAAUAAAUACAAAUAAUUUCAUAGAUGAAUUUAAUUUAACAUAUAUUUUCGAAUCAAAGCCGUUUCCAAUACAUUUCCAAAAUGUUCAAAAUGGUAUUAAAGAUUGUAUUUGAUCAUAAUAAUGAUUUACAUGUAAUAUAAUUUACUUACAGUUCCUGUUGUUCGAGCAGCAACUAGUAUAAGUAUUGUGUUGAAUGACAUGUAUAUAUUUAUGAUUUUCUUGUUAAAGAUUUUAUACUUGUUGUAUUUAUAAUGUAACUUUCCUUUUUUUUCACAAUUUGUUGGACCAUUUCAAUAUGAUCAAUAAAUCAAUCUGUGUUUUCUCA